AUGUUUUGUUUGUCUGGCGCUUUGGUUUCCCUGUUGGCGCAUUUAUGCCCGGGGAAGCCAAAAGGAUGUGAGCACGUUCCACAGAUAACCAAACAACAAACGGAAAGGAAAGCAAGAAAAGCAGCCAGGAAAAACAAGACAUCGAUAACUGUGUACAGAGAAAAAGAAAUAAAAUCUUUUCAAAAAACUCUCUUGAAUUAG